AUGAAGGCAAAAGACAAAUAUAAGGGUCGAACGAAAAAUAAAGUGAAAAGUGUUGAUAUGAUGUAUUUGGCUUUGCGGCGCCGAAAAAACGAGUUUACGCAAUUGCACAAUCAUGCUGACUCUGUGGCGGACCCGCGCUCUUGCCGGCCCGGCGAUAACGCUGGGCGUGAGGCUGUGCCCGGCGGAGUUUUUUGCGCCUGCAUUUUCCAAGGUUUACCCUGCGCUAAGGGGCGAGAUUGGAGAAGCAAUAAGAAUGCCGGUUGGGGUUGCGAUGAUGACGACCACGACAACUGGUGUCAUUAUUUAAGUUGCCGAAAGAACCUGAGUGCAUUUGCAACAUGA